AUUAUCAUAUUUUGACCAGAGAACGGCGCCCUUAAUCAACAAAAAGUGAUAGUGAUAGCACCUAAAUAUGUGACUGUGGUGAUGACCAUGCCCAUAGUAUUAUGUGGAAAUUGUGUUAAUUUGCUUAAAAAACACAUUUUCAUCUAUAUAUUGCUCAAAAUCACCUACCAAAAUACUUCUUAAAAAAAAAAAAAACAAUAAACCAAAAAGGAGCGCAACACGGCGAUAACCGCCUUAUCAAAUGCAAACAAAAACGAAAUGGCUGCGAUAACGAUGUUAUCUGAAUAUUUUGCAACAGACUUUUAUCUACUAAUAUACGAGCGCUGUUGUGCUACGAAGCGUCGACACUACCAGGAGAAGAAGGUGCAUUUGAUUUAGUCUGGAAGAGAGAAGCCUUCAAGUAACUGCUUACAGUUUCGCGGUAAAAAUAAUAACGCUGUUUGCAUAGAGAAGUUUGAAAAGAAGUGACUCAUUGGAGCGGCCAAUUCACAUAAGUUUAUACUUACAAUAAAUACAUACAUACAUACUCAAGGUGGCAUUCCAAUUCAAACAAAAAAAGAAGUGACUUUUUAAUUUCGAUUGCAUUAAGAAAUUUGUGAUAUUUAUUACGAAAUGUGUUAAAAACAAAAUUACUCAUUUGGGUUUAAAUCUAGCAACAACACAGCACUGAACAUGGACUAUAAGUAUCUGUUAUUGGUUCUUUCUUUAUCGGUUAUACUAAUACUCUCUACUGCUCAACACGAAAAUAUACCCUACGAGGAUGUGCCAGAUAUUUGUGCGAAAUGUGUGUGCUUAACAGCACAUGACACUGAUAAACGCUACCACCACUUGUUAAGUUGUACUUCAAAGAAAUUUCAGCACAUUUUAGCGCGAUGGCCAGAGGAAUUUGGCAAGAAGCACGACAAUGUGGAUAUUGUGGCCACUUUCUCGGGCAAUAAUAUAGAGCUGCUGCAGCAAUUGCCAGCCACAAACGCCACACUGACUUUUUCAUGUCGCCAUUGUGGCAUCAAGUACCUGCAGGCGCCCACUUUCAUGGAUGUGCCUUUCAUACGCAGACUGGAUUUGAGUUGGAAUGAAAUUGCUAGCGAUGAGCUGACGCCUGAUGUAUUUCGUGGUCCAUAUCGGGUGACGCAUUAUGAAUCCAUAGCAUUGGUUGACUUGGAUUUGAGCCAUAAUCAGCUGCAUGCACUGGAUCGGAAAAUCUUCGAACACACAGCAAAUUUAACAAAAUUAAAUUUGAGCUACAAUGAAUUUAGGGUUUUGAAUGCGCCAACGAUUUCGGCGUUGUCAUCGGCGACGGAAUUGCAGGAACUUGAUUUGUCCCACACUGCCAUUAAAUCAUUGUCGGCUGCAAUUUUCAAAUCAUUAGUUAAUUUGCGCAUAUUGAAUUUGUCUGGAAAUGAUUUGACCAGCGUGCCGGAUAAGCUCCAAUUAAUUGGCAGAAGUCUCGUGUCUUUGAAUUUGGCGCAAAAUCCCAUUGCACGCUUUACGGAGGAGAGUUUUAUUGGACUGAAAUCACUGCAGCGACUAAAUAUCAGUUAUAUGCCAGUGCUGAAAACGAUCGGUAAAAGUGUAUUCACACGCUUGGAAACGCUAAAGCGACUGGACUGUUCACAUAACCCGAAAUUGGUUGAAUUUGAUUUGGAAAGUCUUACUCAUAGCAGUAAUCUGACAAAUUUCGAUAUUUCGUAUUGUGCUCUGACUACGAUUUCUCUAUUCGUGAAUGUGACGCAAGAAUCGCAUACGGACAUAGCAACGCUCGCCAAACCAUGGCCACAUUUGCAUACAUUCCAAAGCAUUGGUAACCCUUGGUACUGCGAUUGCGAUCUCAUUCAAACAAUGGAAUACAUUGGCACAGAAGGGGAUACAAAAAUCAAUCAGGCGCGUUGUGAUACACCUUACUUCCUCGCAGGUGCACUAGUGUCCAAUUUGUCUUCACAGUAUAUAUGCAACCUGAAAAUACCUAAGCAGUACAAAGCCAUCCUUGAGGAGCCGCCACGUUUUCUGCGAAAACGCUACAUAAUAUUGACCGUCAUCGUAGCGGCUGUAGUGAUAUCGGUCGGUGUUAUGCUUGGCUUUGCAAUCGCCGCCAUACGCCGGCGACUAAAACGUGAUGACUUCGGCGUUGAACCAAUACGCUAUACGAGUGUGCGCAGUAGUAAUUUGUCCGCAUUUUCCCAAGGAAAUACCAAUUCGAUAAUUGUGAAUGGCAAUGGAGUGGCGAACGCCAGUGCAUGACUGUAGUAUAAAUGCGUAAAUAUAAAUACUUGCAAUUUUGCGUAUUUACUAUCCUAAUUUAUAGUGUACAUUAAGUAUUUACUACAAUUUUCUUUUAGUUAAGUGACUUUAUUUUUAUAAAUAAUUAAGGUUUAUAAGUAUGUAUAGUUCAGAUGCUAAAAUGUUUUUGUAUAUUUUUGAAAUUUUGCAAAUGAAUGCCUUUUGGGUGCCUCCUGUGUCACUACUCAUAAUUAGAGUAUUGAUAUUUUUACUACCAAAGAUGUAAUAUGUGUAUGUAUAGUUUGUACAGUAUUUUAAAAUGUUAAAUGAAAUAUUUGAAAGUUUUUGAAAAUAAUAAUUUAUUUAUUGCUCUUGUAUUACACAACGUUGCACAUAAGAAUUGCCAUUUGUGGUAUGUUUGUGUACUUAACUAUAUAACAAUAGAAUAAGAAAAUAUUUUUAAAGUUUUAACAAGUUUACCAUUUUAAAAUAAAUCCAACCAAGAAAUUAAUUUAUCAA